AUGCAGGCGCUGGAAGGCAGCACGCUGAGGGUCAUUCUGGGCAAAACCAGGCAGUACUGGUGGUGCCUGCAUAUCAGGACGGUCUGCAUCAACACCUUCUGGUUCAACGGCCACAUAUCGAUUGGCGUACCCAGGUCUAGAGGGUUUCAAGCUCCAAACGACGUGUUAUCCAGGACACCGCUUGCUUCCUGGACGGAUCCGCCGUGGGCCACUUGCAUUUGGAGCAAACCACAGGAAUGCGACGGAAAGCUCGAAGUGGACUCGCCUUCAACCUUUCCAGACACCGAGGGAGUUCGGCUUCUGGUAGACGGUGGCCACGAUGUCGCAUUGACGUUGCGCUUUGUCGCACCUGGCGAGGUUGCAGCCUUUGGGCAUGGCCAGAUCCGCAACCCCUUGCCGUUUGCUUUGAUUGUGGCAGCCGGUGUUAUUGCGGGAAAAGUUGCCUCCGGCGCAUGUGAUCCUGCUGCCUGUGCUCGCAUUGCUGCAGAGAUGGAGGAGGCCGGCCCCAGGAUCGCAGCGCAGCUGACGUUGGAUCUCGGCGCGGACCCACGUGCCUUGGCCGAUGAUGGACUCUCGCCCUACACAGCGGCAAUCCUCAAGGAGGAUCCUUGCGGAAUGCUGAGUGGCCUCGACAGUGGCUUGCGGCUGAGGAUCUUGAGGGGCGACAGGGCCGCUUGGGCCGAGGUUGCGCGCUCUGCAGAAGGCAAAGGUCUUCCAGACAUUGCUGCUGGAGCACUCUCGAGAGGGCUUCCAAUACCGGACAGCAUGGCCGAGGAGCUUCUGGGCUAUUGCUUCCAAGCAGAGCUUCCUCUGCUCACCCUUCGAGUCCUGGCGCGAAUCGACGGCAAGCGCUUCCUCAUGCCGGCGCUCCAAAGAGCCAGUUCUUUGGCUUGGCGUCGAGUCGCCGAGAGGAUUGUGCAGCAGGCACGCCCUGGGCCGAAGCCGUACUGGCUCAGCUCAGAUUCCCUGAGGUACGCAGUUCUGCAGAUCCAAGCUGGCUGCAAUCAGUACAGGCUUCUACUGGAUUCCUUCCUGCAAUAUCUCAGAGCAUCUGAAGAAGAGGAGUUCCUGAAAGACCCCUGUGCGCUUCCGCGCGAUCGCGGAGGUGCAGAAUGCCCCAUUUGCUUGGAGCCACUUUGCAGGUCUACCCCAGUGGCUUUUGUGGAUGCAGCUGAUGCUGCUGUUUGCCUACACCUGCUUUGCAGUAAGUGUGCGCGAGGCUACACAUCAUCCACCAACACCCAGGGGGAAGCCUUAAGGUGCCCCGAAUGCCGGCGACAUGCCAUCACCAUGAGGCAGCUUCCUUCGCUUAGCGAGGACCCGCUGCGUUGGUUCGAGUUUUUGGCUUCGGACACAGUCAGUGUCAACGGCAAGCUUGCCAAAUCGAUGUUGCUUCGGACGAUUUCUUCCAUUCUUCCCGUCGAGGCUGAUGCCAUAGAGGCGGGUAGAGUGGGCACGGAGUUGAGCCAGGAGGUAAGUGCAUCUGACUUCCUUACCCAUGAGCUUUUUGUAUGGGUUUGGCGGAAUGUGCAGGAGCACCUCCGAUGCAUGAAGCUUGGACCCCCCCCAGACCUUGAAGAGCGACGGGCAUGGUUCAAGUAUUGGAAUUUGUCAGAGAGCGGCAGGCUUUCACGAGCCGAGGUGCUCCGGGCAAUCCUCCGCUCUUUUCGGGUGAGCUCGACGGACAGGCUGAAGUUGCAGGAACUGCGAGCAAGAGUCGACAAGGUUUGGGAUCUCUGGCAAUCGAACCGCCUGGCCGUGCAAGGACACGCUGAUCCCAACUUUGUAUUAUGCGAGGAGUUCGCAAGAGACGGUGGCUUUGGCGAUUUGCUGAACGAGAUGUUCGGCUUGGAUCCUGGAGGGCAUGAUCUGCACCCAGCGCCACCUGUGGAGGCUUCCAGUGUCUCCCGUCGACAUGCUGGUCAGCGGCGGCAGCCUCAUGGCGCGCCAAGUCCUCGAGGUUGGCGUCCUGCUGCUCUUUGGGAGGGUCGCCCAGGCUCUGCUGGACAUCUGACCCGGCCACUUCCAGGCCCCACAGCCUUCGCGGCAGCCGGCUCAGCCGGGGACGGGCCGCCGCCUGAUUUGGAGGUGCCGUCCGAGACGGUAGCACCUCCAGGCAUGCUCGAGGCUUCACCUCUUGUCUUGCACAUCUUCGACCCUUUCCUGCACAUAGUGCCUGCAGCCUCAGCUUCUUACCUGCCCGGAGCCGCAGAGGCAAACUUCAAGGUCCAUCCUUGA